AUGCAGAUUACAAUAAAUGCAGCUAAUGAAACUGGACAACAAGGAUGUCCAAUCUGUAAUGGGGUUUAUAACUUAGAACAUAUGUUUCAAAAUGAUGAUUUUAUUGAAACAAGUAAAUGUGAGAAUGAACCCUUAUAUCACUUCUUCCAUCGAAGUUGUAUGUUUUUACAAAUGGGCACAUCUGGAAGUCAUCAAGCAUGUCCAACAUGUGGUCAUGAACUGAACAUUAUUUUUCAUCCAGAUGCUGAUCAAAUAAACCAGAAUUUGAGAAAAAUUGAUAUGGGUUUUGCUUUAGAACCGAUAAAAGAUAGUUACAAAAACCGAAAUGUCUAG